CACCAUUACAAAAUUAACUCAGUAUGAAUGAGCGUUGGAGAUAAUGUUAAGCCUUACUUUGAAAGCAAUCACUGUAUUAAAGCAGAAACAUUGUUCUGACAAACACAAAACUAGCCUAGGUUCACACAGAUGUACAUCUAACUUGUGAUUUGUGGCCAUAUGUUUACAUGGCAGCCCAUUCCUAGAAACAAGAAAGUGUAAAUAACCAAGAUGGAUAGAGAAAAGGAGGAACAUCUCAGAUUAGCAGCUAUAAUCAAAGGUGUUCAUGCAGAUUUAAGAAAAAAGUACCAGAAAGGUUCAAAUGAUUUGGAAGAAAUUUGGAAAAAUCACUGUUCUGAUCAGUCAGUUUUAACUGUAUAUGCUGAUGCCAUGUAUAAUCUAUCUUGCAACCACUGGUCAAAACUACCUCAAACCAGAAUAGAUUGGUGUCGUGCAACAACUAUGGAAUAUUUUUACAACGAUGGAUUGAAGAAAGCACUUGAAAAAGAACAGAGAAGACAUGCACACAGACUUAGAAUAAAACUGGCCAGCCAAGACAGUAAUUUGUUAGGUAGAUCUGAAGAGAAUAGAAAAAGUAUCAUAGAAACUGAAAACAGAACAACAUCAAAUAAUGUACAAGGAGAUGUCUUCUCUACAGCCAAUAUUCAGGAAUUACAAAUAGAUGGUAAAAUAAGAUUAUUAGAUGUAGGAAGUUGUUUCAAUCCCUUUGCUUGUUAUGAUGAUUUUUUGGCUGUUGGGAUAGAUAUUGGUCCAGCUACUUCAAAUGUUUUAUGUUGUGAUUUUCUUCAGUUGGAGACUACCUGUCCUUUGGAGAUUGACUUUAUAGAAUCAUAUUUACAGAAUUUAAAAAGCCCUGUGACUGAGUUACCAAAGAACAGCUUUCAUGUCAUUGUAUUUUCUUUAUUAUUGGAAUAUCUUCCUUCUCCAGAACAAAGAUGGACAUGCUGUCUGAAGGCAAAUGAGUUACUUCAUACCAAUGGGCUUUUGUUAAUAAUAACACCAGAUUCACAUAAACAGCAUAGAAAUGCAGCCAUGAUAAAAAACUGGAAAGAAGCUAUAGAAUCUAUAGGUUUCAAACAGUGGCGUUACGUAAAACUUGAACAUCUUCACUGCUUGGCAUUUCGUAAAAAUGACAAGACAGAAGAUUUGUCAUUGGAUUUAAAUGUUUCAGCUGGCAUGCUGUAUAUUCCACAAGAUUUUCAUGAUUUAAGUGAAAGUACAAAUUUGUGUGAGUACAGUGAAGAAGAUGAGAAAUUUUUUAUGGAUUCUGUUAGUGAAUUGCCUGGAUUUCAUAGUUAUGAUGAAAAUUAAGCCAAUGUUAGCGUAAUAAUGUUAGAGUAAUUA